AUGGCUGUUGAUAAAGAAUUAGUCCUUGUGACUGGAGCUUCGGGAUUUCUGGGAGCUCAUUGUGUGAAAGCGCUUUUGGAUAAAGGAUAUCGAGUGAGGGGGACGGUUAGAUCGCUGAAAAAUGCACACAAGGUUGAACCGGUACGCAAAUUGGAUCCAUCUGGAGCUCGACUUUCUCUCGUUGAAGCCGAUUUAAACAAAAAAGAUGGAUGGGAAAAAGCUGUAUCUGGUUGUGAUUACGUUCUCCACGUCGCUUCUCCUUUCCCAUUAGGUGGUACGCAAGAAACAAUCGAUACAGCGAUUGCUGGGACGAAAAAUGUUUUGGAGGCGUGCGCUGAAGAGAUUUCAGUGAAAAAAGUGGUUUUGACGAGCAGUGUGGCAGCGAUUUCUGAAGGCCAUCGAGCUUCCAAGGAGCGCAUUGAUGAGAGUUUUUGGUCGCUUUUAGAGGGAGCUGUUGCUUAUGUGAAAUCAAAAACAUUGGCUGAAAGGGCUGCUUGGGAUUAUGUCAAUCAGAAAACGCAUAAAAAUAACUUUCCUUUAACGACGAUAAACCCGGGUUUCAUCAUCGGCCCACCACUCACCGAUGAUAAGGGAUCGAGUGUUGAGGUUAUCAUGCAAAUGAUGUCACUGCCAGCAGUCCCAAGAAUCACCUUUGGUUGCAUCGAUGUCCGAGAUGUGGCAAAGGCUCACGUUGAAGCUAUGGAACGCCCAGAAUCGAAUGGAAUGAGAGUGAUCUGUGCGGAGGCUGAUCCACACUAUAUGGUGGAACUUGGGAAAAGAUUGCAGCGAGAAUUCGCGAGUCAAGGCUAUUCACCAGCAGCUAAAACUCUGCCUGAUUUCAUCAUCAAAAUCGGCUCACUGUUCAGCGCUCAAUUCUCGGCUAUUGUUGGUCGAUUGGGACACGAGACGAGAUUCGAUAAUACAAGGUUACGAGAAGUCCUCCACGUUCAACCAAACGACUCUAGAGAGGCUUUAGUGGAUAUGGUUUACGAAUUGAUCGAUCGAGGAAUCAUCAAGAAAACAACGAAAUAUCGCCCGAGAAAAGCA